GUGCCAUGUGUCGUCUCGUUGGAUGGCAAUCAGGCGGUGCGUGUACCGUUGAUGGAGUGCGUUGAACGUACCAAAGAAGUCGCCCAGGCGAUGGCGGAGAAGAAUUGGGAAUUGGCCGUGAAAUUGCGUGGACGCUCCUUCGAACGCAAUCUGGAAACUUACAAAAUGUUGACGCGUCUGAAGCCGCCAAAGGAAUCGAUCGAAAACGCAAAGGAGGGUUUUCGCAUGGCUGUCAUGCAUAUUGGCGCACCCGCUUGUGGUAUGAAUGCUGCCGUGCGUAGCUUUGUGCGCAACUGCAUUUACCGUGGUGACACUGUUUUUGGCGUGCAUGACGGCAUUGAAGGUCUGAUUGCUGGCAAUAUCAAGGAGAUGGGUUGGUCAGAUGUAACUGGUUGGGUUGGUCAAGGUGGUGCUUUCCUCGGCACUAAGCGUACACUGCCCGAGGGCAAAUUCAAGGAGAUUGCCGCACGCCUCAAGGAGUUCAAAAUCCAAGGCUUACUUGUUAUUGGUGGCUUUGAGGCCUACCACGCUUGCGGUCAGAUCUCCGAUCAGCGUCCCAACUAUCCUGAAUUCUGUAUCCCAAUGGUGGUUAUACCAUCAACUAUCUCGAAUAAUGUUCCUGGUACUGAAUUCUCACUCGGAUGCGAUACCGGUCUCAAUGAGAUUACAGAGAUUUGCGAUCGUAUCCGCCAAUCGGCACAGGGCACAAAACGCCGUGUCUUCGUCAUUGAGACAAUGGGUGGCUAUUGUGGUUAUCUAGCCACUUUGGCUGGCUUGGCUGGUGGCGCUGAUGCUGCAUACAUCUACGAGGAGAAAUUCUCCAUUAAAGAUCUGCAACAAGAUGUCUACCAUAUGGCCUCGAAGAUGGCCGAAGGUGUCCAACGUGGUUUGAUAUUGCGCAAUGAGAAGGCUUCUGAAAACUAUAACACUGAUUUUAUACACCGUUUGUACUCGGAAGAGGGCAAGGGUCUAUUCUCGUGCCGUAUGAAUAUUUUGGGUCACAUGCAGCAGGGUGGCUCACCAACGCCUUUCGAUCGUAAUAUGGGCACCAAGAUGGCUGCCAAGUGCGUUGACUGGCUGAAUGAACAAAUCAAGAGCAACACCAAACCAGAUGGCACUGUGCGUUGUGAAAGCAGCGAUUCAGCUUGUUUACUCGGUAUUGUGCGUCGUCAGUACCGUUUCACACCUCUAGCAGAUUUGAUUGCCGAAACCAACUUUGAGUGAGUAGAGUUGAAAAAUGUAAAUUUCAGCCCAAAUAUGCGAGUGCGGCCGAGGCUAUGUUCUAAAGUGGCACCAGCCAAGUCAAGAAUUGCACCUGACUACCCUGAUAUGAUCCGCGGAGCAGGCGGUAUGAGGUACCAAGCACUGCGGGUUAGGAAUUGA